CCCGAACUGUCCAUCCAAACUGGUUCAAUGUUGAGCCAGCUCAACAUAGAACCAGUUUGCACAUCCUUAGUCCUAGCCCAACACUGUGACUGCUUUACUAUGCUGGCUUUCAUGCUCCUACCAGUUGCAGUUUUGGCAGUAACAUCAUGCAACCCUCUGAAAUGGUCUACAGAAGAGCAGCAAAAGAAUGGGGGAAAGUAUAUUCAUUGAAGCGAUGAGUAAGGGCUCUUUUCCAGUAGAUGGAAACCUUCAAGAGCUGCAACUGUACUGGAUCAAGUGGAAGUUUGGGAGACCAAAGCUGCUGGGAUGAACAUUUCCUCUAUUUUGCUUAUGGGAGCAACUUGUUGCGGGAGAGGAUAAUGUUAAGAAAUCCAUCUGUGGCUUUUUUUGCCCUAGCAAAUUUACUGGAUUAUACACUUGCGUUUGGCUCUCAUCAAGGCAAACCGAGUACUCACUGGCAUGGAAGUACAGCAACCAUUGUUCCUAGCCCGGGUGAUGAAGUGUGGGGGAUAGUAUGGAAUCUGAACAUUAAUGACAUGCAUUCCCUGGAUAUACAAGAAGGAGUUGAAGAUGGUGUUUAUGUUCCAAUAGACGUUAAUGUUCAUACUCAAGAAGGGAAACUACUUAAGUGUCGAAGUUACCAAAUGAAUGACUAUGUCUGUAAUCUUCCUUCCCCACAGUAUAAAAAAGUCAUCUGUAUGGGAGCAAAGCAGAAUGGUUUGCCAAGUGACUACCAGAAGAAAUUAGACUCUAUAGAAACGAAUAACUAUACAGGAGCGGUGCCUAUUUUUGAAGAAGUUGAAGCUGCUCUCAAAGCAUCUGAGAAAAAUAAAAUACUAUUUUAGAAAA